AUGGAAGAAUCACCAACAUCAAAAGAAGCUAUAAAAGCACCAAUUCCCAUCAUACCAGAUCAGCCAUCUCCUAAUGAUAUCACGCAACAUUCAUCAGAUGAUAAAUCAAAUCCAAGUUUACUAGAUUCACCAAAUGAAAAAGAAGAUAGUAGUAUAGUAUUUGGAUCCUCAAAUAGUAGUGAAACCUCAAUACCUAUGUUUCAACCACCAAAAUCACCAAGAUUGGGAAGUGGAGGUGGAAUAUUUGAUCCUUUAAAUGGGAAUGAAAAUGAUUUUGUUGUAUAUUCAGACUCGGAUGAUGUUGCAUCACAAAGUUCCUUAGAAUUACAUCGUCAAGAAACUCCAAUAAGACAUAAUUUAGGUUAUAGAUUAAGAAAGUUAGCUAAAGCAACCCAAAGCUCAGAUGAAGAAGAUGAAAUAGAUGAAGAUGAAAUAAAUGUAUCAAGUUUAAUGUCAAAUAGAGGUACUCCAAUCGAUUCAAGCACCAAAAAUAAAUUCACAAAUUUGAAACCAAGUUUUUUAAUUGAAGAAACUCCAAAAAGAUCUAAAUCAAGUUCAACAUCAUCCAGAUCAUCAUCACCAAGAAGAAGAAGGAGAAGAAGUAGCUCACCAGAUUCUGUAGAUAAUAAUGAAACAGCUAAUGGAACAACAUCCACCAAGAAGACUAGAACUCGUAGAAAAUCAAAAGAACCAAGUGAAAAAUCUCAUAGAUCAUAUGAAAAAGUUGGAACUGGAUAUACAUCAAUGCCAGUUUCGGGUAAAGUUUUUAGAAAUUUAUUAAUUUUGGAAGAAAGCAUGAGAGAACAAGUGAUUCAACAAAGAGCAAUGAGAAGAAAAUAUCUAAUUUUUUUAACAAUAUUAUGUUCGAUUAUUGGAGCUUUGACCCAUCAUUUAUUUAUAUUAGAUGCAUCAUUUUCAUCAACUGGUACAACAAGAAUAAUUUUACAAUUUUUCUUAAUCUCCACCAUUAUAACUUUAUUACUAUAUCAUCUUUCAGGUGAAUAUCAAAAAACUAUUGUAUUACCAAGAAAGUUUUUAUCAUCAACAAAUAAAGGAUUAAGACAAUUAAAUGUAAGAUUAGUUAAAAUCAAAACUCCAUUAAUUGAUCAAAUCACGGAUUUAAUUCGUGAAAUUUCUUUGGGGUUAGUUUCAUAUACAUUAUUGGCAUUUCAUAAAAUUUCACCAAACUCAAUCCAAAAUAAAAAUUCCAAGAUUGAAGUAUUUUUAGUUACUUGUCAAUCUCAAUGUCAACCAAGAAUUGGAGUUACUGAUGUUAAAUUGUUGCUAAAUGCAAGAGUGUUUAAUAUUGAUAUAAGAGAAGGUUGGGAAACUUAUCGUAGUGAAUUUUGGAUAAAUGAAGGAAUGAGAAGAAGAACCAAUAUGUUGACAUUCAUUAGUGGAGAGAAAGUCAUCAAGAAAAAGAAAAGAAAAUCUAUUGAUUUUAAAUAA